GCCAACCUAUUGAACAUUGAACUUAUUUCUAUUGUUGAUAUUAGAUGCUUUUUCUAUUUCAUCACAAUUUAUUUGUAAUUUAACUUCUUAAGUAACAAAUACAGUAAUAUCCGUAAAAUCUAAGACAAGUUUCACCACGCUGUGAACUGAAUAGGAGUCUUAAAGAGCGUGGAUAACACUGUGUAACCAAUAAUGGCUGCUUCUCUGCCAGACUUAAUGCAGAAACUUACUACUACACAUUAUUCCGUUGGCUCACAACAUUGGGUGAAUGUAACACAUAUAACUGAUCCAGGCAAUUUCUAUGUCCGUCCAACGGCUUACAGAGAUUAUUUGCCUAUUUUAAAACAACAUGAAGGACCUGCUGAUGCUAUAAAGCUUCAACAAGGCAGCACUGUUGUGUUUAAAUCAAAAACAAAUAAGCAUCAUGUUAGAGGUCAAAUCAGAAAUAUAAGAAAUGAGAAUGAGACAACUUUAUAUGACUUAUUCACUCUAGACUACGGCUUUACAGAAGCUGUGGCUAUAGAAGAUUUAAAGAAGCCUCUAGAUGAAUACCCGGUGCCAUCUCUUGUCUUACAUUGUCAAUUAGGUGAUUGUCAACCAAAACACAAUGAUACUUUUGAUGAAGACGCAAUUGAAGCUAUGGUUUACUAUGUAGGUGAUGAAAGAGCUAAAAUGAUAGUCCAAGGAAAAACUGGGGACAAAUAUAUAGUGAAACUGAUCAAUACAUGCCCUGAAGACAUUGCAACUAUGUUGGCACUAACGGAAUACACAUGUCUCGGUUACGGGAACAAUGUUAUAAGCCGUAUGCCCUCCAUAGACCAACCAAAACUAUACUAUACAUACAAAAAAGUAAAAGUAGGAGACACUUUAAAUGUCAGAGUACAAUCCGGGGAUUCCUUAAAGAGUUUUUACGUUUGUGAAAUUGAAGAUCAUAAGCAGUAUAUCAAAGAGUUGAACAAUUUAAAAGAAUACUAUUAUUAUGAGCAGGAUUUUGCCGCUGAAAACUUGAAGCUUGGUAAAGCUGUAGCUGUGUUUUCCGACUGGUAUUUGAGGUAUGAGCGAGCGAUUAUAACAGAUGUUAUUAUUCCGGAGAAAAAAGCCGUCGCUCAGCUAAUUGACUUGGGUAUUAAGACUGACAUCUACAUGGAGGCUACCCGGCUCAAAACAAUGUCCAAGGAAUAUUAUUUUUUGAGACCGGCAAUGGCCAUCUAUUGCACGGCUGAUGAGAAACAAGCAUGGAGCAAUGAAUUACACAGAUUCCUGUAUCCGGGACAUGAAUUUGUGGUAACAGUUGAUAAGGUUGGAUAUCAACAUGAUACGCCUUGUGUAGUAACUAUAUCUAAGCCCCAGAAAUGAAAUGUGACAUCUGAUUAUUAACAGUUUGCCUACCGAGAACCCGCCUGAUAGGCACUCGUGAACUUUGCUCAGCCCAGCGGGUUGUUUUAUAUGCAGCUAUAGACAACCGGUUUUUGGUGUAUUGUUCAAAUAUUUGCCAAGUUCCGAAAGUGUUAAAAUUUGAUUAUUAUUUUCAUAGAAAUGGAAAAUUGUCUUACAGUGAUUAUGGGACAUUCUCAGGAAAAUGUAUCACUUAAAAAGAGAUAUCAAUAGCACUAUUUUGGUAACUGACAUAAUGGGCAGUUUUUUUUUAGAAUGACAAUAUAUAGGUAUGUGUGAUUUUCAAGCAACAUCAGUUAUGAAGUAAUUUAAUUACUUUUAAUUUAUUAAUAAUUCGAGACCCGGACAAAUAUGGCAACAUACAAUAACAUACAAUAAGGCCAAAGCCAAGCCAAGCGCCAAGCGGACCCCAGGCUCCCAUGAGCCGUGGCAAAAAUGCCGGGACAAUGCGAGGAAUAUGGAAUAACAUACAAUAUGACAAUAUGGCGACAUAUAAUAGGUUACAUAUAGCUGGAUCCCCAGGGAGACGAUGGGUCUCGAAAGGUUAAAUGUACAAUUAACACUUUUAUUGUAAGGUGAAUGUGCAAGGACCACAUUAUAUUUCUAUAUGGUCCUUGGUGAUGUGUUUUUUUUUUUUUUUUUAAUCUGGUUUUUAUGGAUGCUUUGGACACUCUAGGUGAACAUGUCAGCCUCAUGGGUGCUAUCAUAGUUCCCUACUCAAGGGAGAGGUCAAUAAAGUGGUAAACACUGAUUGCUUGGUGAUGUGUUUAUAAUUAAUAAUUAUUGUUUUUUUUUUUAACUCAGCCUUAGAAAAGAGUCAUUGUGACUGUAGAAGUUAUAAAAUCGAUUGCGAGUUCCGCCUUUUUUCUAGUACCAUAGCCCACACUGUUAACUGUCCAUUGGUGGCAUAAGCCUUUCAUAAUAACAUAGAGUAACUUAUACUAGAGCGGUACUGUCAUAGUAAAUUUUGUAACCCCAGUAAAUUCACUGCCAUCUGUCGACACACUUUAAAAACUAAAAAUAAAUAUUUAUAAAAAUACGAUAAAAUGUAUUUAAAUAUGGAUAAAUGAUUUUUUUAUUUGCAUUAAUUAUUUUUAUAUGAUUUUGACCCAUGUUAUUUCACUGGUAUGCGUUAAAAUUAUAAAUAACAAACGAAACAGUCAACGCCCUCUAUACGAGUGUAGGCCAAAACUAGUGGCGCCAUCUGAUCGAGAAUCAAAUUUUCGUGAUUUUCGAGGCACGUUUUUUCCUUAUACUGUAUCCAUCUAUUACGGAGUUGAUAAUAAGGUCCGCCAAUGAGAGUUAAGAGUGUUACUGUUUGUACAGUCAAGGGCAUAAAUAUAUAUACAUUCCCAGUUUCAAAAAUA